UUUGAUUGCUAUACAAGAGUGAGGGCGCAAGGGAAGUACAGACUCUUGAUCCUUGAUGGCCACAGCAGCCACGUCACGAAGGCCUUUAUUGAAUACGCUCAUGCCAACAAGAUUCUGCUACUUAUAUUCCCUCCGCAUGCUACUCACGCGCUUCAGCCGCUUGAUGUGGCGUGCUACAGGCCGUUGGCGCAGCACUACUCUGAUGAGCUCCUUCAUCGCGGCCACACCACCGAGGGGUGGGUACCUGUGGCUCAGGCUGACUUCUUCCCGCUUUUUUGGGCAGCGUGGAAAAAGACCUUCACUAAAGACCUUGUUGUACAGGCCUUCAAGUGCACUAGGAUUCACCCACUAGAUGCCAACGUCGUGCUUAAGAAGUUUAGAAACCUAACACCAAAGUUGCCUAGCACGACCCUAGAGCCUACUUAGCUUUAGCCUGCACUAGAAUCACCUAGUUAGCGUAAGACGUCGCGGCUUCUUAAGCGUGCAAGAGAAGAUAAUGUACCU